AUGGCUUCUAGGACCAAUGGAUUUGUACUACAAGCACCAAGCCCCAGUGAUAACCCUGGAGCUGGCAAAAACCAAAACAAACAAAAACAUAUCCUCACCCCAUUCAUAUGUUGCUGCUCUUGGAUUUCACCAGAUUUCUAUGUUUUUAGGAGACGCAGAUCAGAAUGGAGAUGGGCUGCAGACCGAGCAGCUAUUGUCAGCCGUUGGAACUGGCUUCAGGCUCAUGUCUCUGACUUGGAAUAUCGAAUUCGGCAACAAACAGAUAUUUACAAACAGAUACGUGCUAAUAAGGGGUUGAUAGUUCUGGGGGAAGCGCCUUCCCCAGAGCAUGUAACAGACUUAUUUGUUCCACUUAGUACUGAGGUGAAGACAGAUCAUGGCAAUGACAGACUGAAUGAGUCUGUUUCUCAAACACUGGAAAACCAUGGUGCCUCUGGCCAUUCUUCAGAGCUAUUGUCUACCAAACCAUAUGGAGUGUUGAGACCAGUCAAUGGAGUUAUUAACACCCUUCAGCCUGUCUUGGCAGACCACGUUCCAGCUGACAGUGAUGCUGAUGAACAGUUACAUAAAAGGCAGCGACUGAACCUGGCUUCAGCAUCAACUGACAGCACGUGUGUGGCAGCCCGAACACGUCCUGUCCUGAGCUGCAAGAAACGGAGGCUUGUCCGACCCAGCAUUGUUAUUCCUCUAUCCAAGAAGGCUCACCGAAGUAGCACUGUGCGCUCUGGCUGUGAUGUGAAUCCCUCCUGCGCGCUGUGUGGCUCAGGCAGUGCUAGCACCAUGCCGCCCGAGAUCGACUAUGAAGCCCCUCUGUUGGAACGCCUUUCCCAACUGGACUCUUGUGUCCAUCCAGUUCUAGCAUUUCCAGAUGAUGUUCCUACAAGCCUCCACUUCCAGAGCAUGCUGAAGUCUCAGUUGCAGAACAAGCCUUUUGACAAAAUCAAACCUCCCAAAAAGUUUUCAGUUAAGCACAGAGCACCUAUAUCAGGCAGUCUGUCUGAUCCGACUCGUAGUAAAGACAGACACAAGUUCGUCAACUCCUUCUUGACAACAGCCAAGCUGCCCCAUCACCAAACCCGGCCUGACAGGACCCACAGGCAGCUCUUAGAUGGUAUGGGGGCUGUGUCUGUGGUGGAGCAAGUGACAGCGCCAAAAGCAGAGCGCUUGCUCAACCCGCCGCCACCCGUGCAUGACCCAAGCCACAGCAGAAUGAGGUUACGAGACCACUCAUCUGAGAGAAGUGAAGUGUUGAAGCAUCAUGCAGACAUGACGAGUCCAAGCUACCUGGCGACCCACCACCCACCGCACAGCCCCUUGGCGCGGCAGCUCUGUGCCCCGUGUGACAGCUCUGCACCCAGUGGCUCUAGCUCACAGGCCGUGGCCAGUGCGUCUCAGCCAGUGAGGAGGAGAAGGGGCGAGAGCUCGUUUGACAUCAACAACAUUGUCAUCCCAAUGUCUGUUGCUGCAACAACGCGUGUGGAGAAGCUGCAGUACAAGGAAAUCCUCACGCCCAGCUGGAGGGAGGUUGAUCUUCAGUCCAUGAAGGGGAGUCCUGAUGAGGAAAACGAGGAGAUCGAGGACCUCUCGGAUGCAGCCUUCGCCGCCCUACACGCCAAGUGUGAAGAGAUGGAGAGGGCUCGGUGGCUGUGGACCACAAGUGUGCCGCCCCAGCGGCGUGGCAGCAGGUCUUACAGGUCAUCAGACGGCCGGACCACCCCCCAGCUGGGCAGUGCCAACCCCUCCACUCCGCAGCCCGCCUCUCCCGACGUCUGCAGCAGCCACUCUCUGUCGGAUCUCUCCCACGGGCAGUCCCCUAGGAGCCCCAUCAGCCCAGAACUGCACUCGGCCCCCCUCACCCCCGUGGCUCGGGACGCUCUGAGGCACCUAAGCAGCGAGGACACGCGGUGCUCCACACCAGAGCUGGGGCUGGACGAGCAGUCUGUGCAGCCCUGGGAACGGCGGACUUUCCCUCUGGCCUACAGCCCUCAGGCAGAGUGUGAAGACCCACUGGAUGCGCAGGAACGGGCAGCCCGCUGCACUCGACGCACCUCGGGCAGCAAGACUGGCCGGGAGGGAGAGGGGGCACCCGCCUCGCCUUCCGUACCUCCCAAGAGUCGACAUCUGACGAUGGUCGCAGCUCCGCGUCCAGCUCACAGAUGAGCAGAUCUGAGAAUCUAAACAGACUAACUACUGGCAUAAAAGCUUCAGAAAUCUCUGCGUUUGAUAUUCAAACAUCAUAUGCCGGAAAUUUUCACAGUUUUUAGUGAAUUUAAGGAAUUUAGACUCUAUUUUCCCCCCAUUUUGAUUUUUUUGUCUCCAUGGUUUUUGUCACCCACCUGAGCACUUCCUCCAGUCGGCAAACAGGCUCAGGGUCAGACCUGGUAGCCUAGUCAUGGCACAUCCUCUGUCCUGUUGAAUCACUAGACCUGCCUGUGUAGAAGACCACCCCCCGCCCCCGGGCCCUGUGGGCAGGUGGGAAGCCACAAGGGCAAAGAGAGAGGAAAGCUAGGUCAGCGUUGCCAUCUUAGGGUGGCAGAGACGUGCUCUGAGUGCGCCACUCCCCCCCCCCCCCCAAACACACACACACACACACACACACACACACACACACACACACACACACACCCCUGUGGCCUGCUUAUGGCUCCCUGCCCUGUGCCUCCUUUGGUCACACUUGCUGAGCAUUGUCCCCCGAACCUCUUGACUCAACUGUCAGCUGUUCUCACCCAGCUUGCAACUGCCAGAACUCCCCCUCCCCCAUCCCGAUUUGGGAGACCUACUCUGGGUAUCCUCUGCAUCUGGCAUCUGUUUUGACUCCUGACUGCAGUGGCCUGGCUGCAGCUGCUCAGGUCCCCACCCUGCCCUUGUGUGCGCCCCAUGUCAUCCAUAGGCCCCACGCGCGCGCGCGCGUACACACACGCACACACGCACACACGCACACUCCCCCCAUCCUUCUGCUUGGCUCGGGCUCACCUUCCUCUGCUCUGCUGGUGGGGUUGGGGCUGCCCUCCCUGUCCCCACCCCCUGAGACUAGGACUUGGAAUGAGCAGCGACCUCUCCCUGUAUCAUUCUGUUCACUGAAGUGUUUCCUUCCAUUCAGUCCCACGUCUAUCAGUCAGGCCCUUCCUCUCAGACAUUGCCUGGUCCUAGCUGUGGUUCCCACCCCCGUACCUCCCCGGUUAACCUUGUGCCUGUCUCAUGGAUGAUGACAUCACCAAAAAGGGGGAGUGGCAAGGACUUUUUUUUUUUUUUUGGGCCAUUUUGUAAUCAUAUUAAACUAGUAGAGAAACUGCUUAAUGGUUUUUUUUUUUCCUCCCACAAUUUUCAACAUUAGUAUUUUUUUUGAUUCUGUUUGCAAGUUAAAGGGUUUGUCAUUGUUACUUUUAAAAACAAUACUGCACCAUAUCCCUAUGCAUAAAGUGCUUCUUCUAUUUAUAAGGUUGAAAAUUCUGAAUAACCCUUUUAGCAUUGUAAAAAAAACAAAAAUGAAAAAAAAUCCUUGUAUUUUGUAAAUAUUUUCUUUUCCUGCUUUGAGCUGUGUAUUGGCAGCGAAACACGUAGCUGUCUUUGUUCUAUAGAAAUGCUUUUCUUCAGAGAAGCUGAUCUUUGUUUAUGUCUUGAUUCUGUUCGCAAAGCACAGACCUGUGCUUAAAAAAAAGGAAGGAAAAAUUGAAAAAAAUAAAAAAAAAGUUACAGAG